AUGAGAGAUGCCACAACUUUGGUUUCAAGUGAAGGAACUUUUGAAUUGGGAUUCUUUACCCCAAGCAGUUCAAACAACCGUUAUCUGGGAAUUUGGUAUCGAAACAUCCCCGGUCCAACUGUGGUUUGGGUUGCAAAUUGGUGUAAACCGAUCAACGAUUCCUCUGGAUCGUUGACAAUAAACAACACCGGAAAUCUUGAGCUUUUGGGACAGAAUAAGAGUGUCGUUUGGUCUACAAGAUCGUUGAAACAAGCCCGGGAACCAUUGGUUCAACUCUUGGAUAAUGGUAACUUUGUUCUGAAAGAUGAGAAAGAUGAGAAUACAGAGAACUAUUUGUGGCAAAGCUUUGAUUACCCUGGUGAUACAUUCUUGUCUAGAAUGAAAUUUGGAUGGGACUUGAAGAGAGGUCUUACUAGGCGGUUGUCAUCAUGGAAAAGUUUGAAUGAUCCCUGUUAUGGAGAUUUAUUUAUGGGAUUGAAUACGAUGUACAACACUGUACGUACCCUGAACCAAUACUUUGGAAAGGAUCCGCAAAAUUUUAUCGAACUAGGCCAUGGAAUGGCCUACGUUACAGUGGUUGUCCUGAGUUGA